AAAUCACUUGGACGCGGAGGCAGCGGUCUGAGGAUAAGCAAGAAUAAUGAGUGGCGACAGCGUGGAGCUCUCGGCCGGCAUGGCCUCCCAGAUCUGCGACCAGAUCCGAUCCGUCUUCUCCUCCCCUCCCUCGCCUUCCCCGGUCGGAUCCCGCGCCCUCCCGCCGCCGCUGGAUGUCCUGGUGGCGGAGAUUUCGGCGGUGGCCGCGGCUGCGGGGAAGGUGUUCGUCCACGGGGUGGGCCGGGAGGGGCUGAUGAUGAAGGCCCUCUGCAUGCGCCUCUACCACCUCGGCCUCUCCGCCCACGUCGUCGGCGACGUCACCACCCCUCCCGUCUCGGCCGGCGACCUCCUCCUCGCCUCCGCCGGCCCCGGCAGCUUCUCCACCGUCGACGCCAUCUGCGGCGUGGCCAAGUCCGCCGGGGCCCGCGUGGCGCUGCUGACCGCGCGGCCGGAGGCGGGGAGCGGGGCGUGCCGGAGCGCGGACGCGGUGGCGUACAUCCCGGCCCAAACCAUGGCUGACGGCGAGGAGGAGUCGGGAGCUCCGCUGGGGGCGAGGUUGCCGAUGGGGAGCCUGUACGAGGGGGCGCUGUUCGUGCUGUUCGAGAUGGUAGUGCUGAGGCUGGCCGAGGUGCUGGGCCAGGCACCGUCCCACCUCCGCUCUCGCCAUACCAACCUCGAAUAGAUUUAGCAGCAAACGAUGUUGGUAGUAGCAGUCGACCCAACUCGACGGGAUGCAGCUUUUGUUAACCAGCUCAAGCCACCACCAGGAUAAGGGGUUGCUGCUGCUACUAUUGGGAAUGAGAACGAGUCAUACCACAAUUCUUGCGCGAUUUAUCUGGAAGGACUCUAGUUGUACUAUUAUUUUUUUUUUUUCUUGAUUUUGAGAAUGAAAGAUUUGCUCCACAAAAAGUCACAUUUACGUUCAGAUAAUUCUGCAACCAAAAGCUUCCAGAGGAUGAAUGUAAUCCAAGGAUUUAUUUGGAAUUGUGAAAAUUCUUAGGUUGUUGGUUGUAUUAGACAUCUGGAUCUGUUAGUGUUAGAAGGCUUCAGGAGUAUUGGAAACACAUAUUUUUGUUCCUCAUCUUUAAGCUCUUCGUAAUAAAAUCUUGUAAGCUGAUUUAGGCUCAUGGUGCAUUUGGAUACAACCUGUAACUCCCAUACAGAUGUAAUUGAGGUUACAUGUAAGCUGAUUUUUCUACGUUUGCUGAAA